AUGCUGAUUUUGGCCAUAUUGGAUAUGGCUUUAUUGCCUGGUUCGGCGUUUGCCACGUCUUAUUUUUUAAUGAAAGGCACAGUGUUCUGCGACCAUCCAACCAUGAUUUAUUUCAUCGGAGUAUGGUUGUUGGGUAAGCGUAAAGUUUUCGGAAAACGCAUAGGACUAUACGAAUAACUGUGAUUUUUCAGCACUCUGGAUGGGUUACGCAUUAUAUGCAAUAAUCUUGGCGUUAAAUCGUUGCGUCUCCUUCACACGCCUUGACAUGUAUUUCAAGGGAAAUUGGGAAUAUUUUUGGUUAAUCUCGCCUUGGUUUAUGAUUCUGUAUCAUUUCUUGUAUGGAACUCCAGUCAUCUUUACUCCGCAAUAUUAUGGAUGGUUCUUCAAUCCACAUAUGGGAUAUUUUGAGGACAUUGAUGGACAGGUAAGGCCAGUUUAUUGGAGCCUGUGAAGUCGCAUUGACUGGUCGUGUCUAACAAUAAAUCAACGUUUUAGUACUUUAAUUGGGCGCAUACAAUAGAAAACAUUAUUGUAGCAACAGCCAUCCCUCUGCUUUACGUUGUUUUCUUCUUCUACGUUAAAAAAAUUGGCAAAGGACGAACUAAUGAGCCGCGCGACGACAAGAAUGUAAGAUCGUCUUCGGUGGCGUUAAUAAGAUUUUUUAUUGAAGCUUUUCGGCCAAAUUCUUACUAUGAGUUUGAUUAUCUCGGCGGCUGCUGUGACUUAUUUUGUGAUGCAACUUUCGUUCACGCCAUAUUGGGUAAAGUGUACCGGCCAUUACGGGUGGAUAAUUGUGCAAGGUAAGGGAAGACCUUUUUUGAGCGGUGUGCGGUGUGGGGGUGCUAGUUGUACGUCUGCCCAUACACUAUUACAAAUAAGGUAUUUGACCUUAUUCGGCUGCGCCUGCUUUGCGCAAGCUUGUAUUGGAUGGAUGUUUGAUCCAGUUACUCACAUAGUGGAAGCUUAAAUUUCACUGUGCGAGGAAAUCCAUGACUUUGCAGAACAUUAGUGAUACAUCACUUCUCUUCAGGUUGCCCAGCAGUAAUCUACCUGACCAGCAAUCGGACUUUUCAGAAGAAAUUGUUCGGGAAAAGAUCACGCGGUGUCGGCAAUUCAUCGACGACAAAACCCCUAUAGCCAGGAGAAAUCCAACAUAUGAAUUGGUAAAAUUACACAUUCAACCGCGCAUUGUUUGAAAAGUACAGGGUCUUACAAAAAACGUGAAGGAAAGCGGAAGGCUAUAACUUCUGGCGGAGGCGGCGCAGAGACUUCGUAUUUGAAAUAUGUAUUUUUAAAAGACAUAAGUUUUUGUCUACGAAAUAACAAGCUUUUAAAAUGCAAACCGAGGUCGCUACGACCUUCUGAAGUUGAGGCAUCACUACCCCGAAAACCAGGUUUUUUCGGUUGAAAAUGAUCGAGAAAUUUCGGUCUUUUCCGGUUGAAGGAAAUGUCGGAUUUUUUGGGGGGUUUCGAUAUGGGUGAUGUUGAAAAAUAUGACGAAAGUGCCAACACUUGCAAAUUAUGCACGUUUUCUUAAAGACUACAUCAAGAAACCCCAAAAAAUCCAACAUUUCCUGGUGAUUUUCAACCGAAAAAGUCCGAAAAUUCUCGAUCAUUUUCAACCGAAAAAACCUGGUUUUCGGGGUAGAGAUGCCUCUACUUUAGAAGGUCGUAGCGACCUCAGUUUGCACUCUAAAAGCUUGUUAUUUCGUAGACAAAAACUUAUGUCUUUUAAAAAUACAUAUUUCAAAUAAGAAGUCUCUGCGCCGCCUCCGCCGGAAGUUACAGCCUUCCACUUUCCUUCACGUUUUUUGUAAGACCCUGUAAUAAAGAAACUUUGUUUCUUGAAAUUGUUGAUGUUAUUAUGUGUAUGAUAGGCGGAGAAUUGCUUAUGGUGCGCCGUUAAAAUUUGGGUUUGUGAAAUAUAUAGCAGGUGUUAUUCUUGGGAGUUGCUCAAUAAUAUGUAGUUAUCAAGCCGGAAAGGAGGUCCUAAUUGUUGGUUAUGUCUGCUACUAUUAGGCUCUCCUGCAAAAUUUUUUAAAAGCCCCAAAAAACUGUUCGUCGGUUCAGUCUAGACAUGGCUGGGGGGCCGGGCCGGGCCGAAAAUCGCGGCCCGGCCCGGGGGCCGGAAGGAGUCGGCCCGGCCCCGGCCCCCUUCAAAUUUUCUCGGCCCGGCCCGGCCCCGGCCCCCAGGGGGCCGGGCCGGGCCGGGGGCCGACAGGGGACCGAACUGUAAAUAUAAAUUUUUUUUGGGGCUUUGGUAGUUCAGCUCCCUUCGAAAGGUAGUUCAAACCCCCACUGUUUUGUCCAUUUCACAACCCCGUAAUUAAAAAAUUGGAAUUAUACAAAAAAUGCAAAUUAGAGUAAAAUGACCCCAGGCGUUUUAGUUCAAAGCCCCAGUUAGCGUCCAGAUUCGUUUUUGUGGUUCAGGCAACGAUGAUCGUAGCCGAGAGAACCCAAUCCCGAGUAGGCGCUUCAGGUUGGAUGAGGGGGUUUAUACUGGGUCCAGGGGAGGCUGAACUGAGCUGGCGGGUUGUACUACCCUAGUCCCCAUUUUUUUGUUAUACCAAUCGACAAUAAAUUUUGACACAAAAAAUUACCAACCAUUGCCUAAAGUACUUCAAAAAACCCAAUCGGUUCUUGGCUCUGCGUUUUAUUUUUAUUGGCAACCCUAAUUUUCGCUUUGAGACUGAGAAUUUUAGUCAUUGGGGGCCGAUUGGGGGCCUGGCGGGGGCCCCGGUCGGCCCGGCCCGGGGGCCGGAAGAGGUCGGCCCGGCCCCGGGGCCUUUAAAACUCGUUCGGCCCGGCCCAGCCCGGCCCCCCGGGGGGCUGGGCCGGGCCGGGCCGGGCCGGGCCGGCCCGGCCCACUAGCCAUGUCUAGUUCAGUCUGAGCAAAAACGAAAUUUCUUUUUGAUGGACUUAUAUUUCAACCGCCACGACCGGUAUCUACAGCUCUAUAACUGCUCUUUUUACGACCCUGAGAUAAGCCCACGGGGAUCGCGAGUGUCCAUUAAUGGAGGGCUUCUAUUCUUCUUUUCCGGUUUGAUUGAAGAGAUCCUGUAUGUCCCGGUGGUAUACGUAUUAGUGGACAAAGAGUUGCGGCAGUUUUUAUGCUACCGAAUUAUGCUGAUGUUGGCGGUUUUGGACAUGGUAAUAUUGCUGGGCUCGGCGUUUGCAACCGCGUAUUUUUUGAUGAACGGUAUCGUAUACUGCGACCAUCCAACAUUUAUGUAUUUUCUUGGAUUGUGGAUGAUGGGUAAGAAAAAGUGACUACUCGCGCACAAGGUCGAGCAAUUUAUCACUGACCCGCGCGCAAGAUGCACGUCUGCAGUGCAAAACAUGAAAAAUAUAACUGUAAACGGAAACGUUGAAGUUUUAGCGCUCUGGAUGGGCUAUGCUUUGUAUGCCAUUAUCUUAGCGCUAAACCGCUGCGCUGCCUUUACAACCAUGGACGUCUAUUUCAAAGGAAACUGGCAAUACUUUUGGCUGAUCGGGCCUUGGUUUAUGGUCGUCUACCAAGCAGCGUUUGGAAGCCCAGGGAUAUUCAUUCCACAGUAUUAUGGAUGGUUUUUCAACCCGCAUAUGGGCUAUUUCGAGGACACUGAGGGAAGGGUAAACUGAAUGUUUUUAUUGCUAAAUAGAACCCUAUACUUUUACAGUACUUCAAUUGGGCGCACAGCAUCGAGAACAUUGUUGUGGCAACAGUAAUCCCAUUACUCUAUCUUAUAUUUUAUUUUUACGUACGAAGAAUUGCAAAGGGACGGACAGACAACAUGUCGAGCAAUGAUAGAAACGUAAAUAAAUUUAAAUGACUAGUUAUUAACUCUUAAAAGUUGCAGUUAUUUGCGCAGAUCUUUAUCAUGAGCCUAAUCAUUUCUGUGGCGGCCAUGGUUUACUUUUUCAUGCAAACCUUAUUUUUGCCGUCAUGGGUUAAAUCGAUGGGGCAUUAUGGAUGGAUCGUUGUGCAAGGUUAGUGUUGUUAAGAAAUACUUACAAAAAAAAAAGAAAGAUAAAACAGUAAUUUGCAGGUUGUCCAGCCGUUAUCUACUUGACCGGAAACCGCACCUUCCAGAAGAAGCUGUUCAAGAAAACGGCACCCGGAUCCAACAACUCAUUAAGUGCGAGGCAGCAGAAACCAGUAGAUACCAAAACUCUUAAGUCCCUUAACUCUUCACCUCUCCCUUGA